UAUAAAUUGCUAUUGUUUUUUUGUUGGUAUUACGUGAAUUUGUGCUUUUUGGUGGACUACCUCGGCCGUAUUUUGAUAUGUUCAAUAUUCUCUAGUGUUUCAUGACACAAUGUAAUGUGUGUUUACAUUUCCUACUCACGUCCAAAAGCGGAAAACUGCACUCGAAGAUAGCAAAGUCAAAUAGUUCAACCUUAACUUUUGCUUCUGCAGCAACCCAUGUAUUUACUGUUCAGUAGACGCUAACGAAUGGUCUGUUGAGCAACAUCUUUCGGGAAAAUAAAACAUGGGAACUCGCAAAAAAGGAGUGGAAUUCGCCAAACAUAUCACCGAAAUCAUUACCAAAUCAACGGGCUUCGAGAGUCACCUUCAAAAGGUCAAGAUUGUGGAUGGCGGCGAUGGAGCCUGCACUGCUGAGCUGAAAGUGGACCAGGACCACGUCAACCUGUACAAAUUUAUGCACGGAGGCUAUAUCAUGACCCUGGUGGACAUGAUAACCACCUACGCCCUGAUGUCGAAACCCUGCCAUCCCGGCGUUUCCGUAGACCUAAGUGUAAACUUUUUGAAUGGAGCCAAGCUGGGCGACGACGUAGUAAUUGAGGCCAACCUUUCUAAGGUGGGCAAGUACCUGGCCUUCAUCGACUGCACCCUAAAGCACAAGAAGGACGACUUGGUGAUAGCCAAGGGAACUCAUCUAAAAUACAUUAAAUUUGACUAAUAUUGGGAGAAAUAUUUUCACUUUUCUUGUUGCUUUAAUAAAUAUAUUUUCUAUAAGGUGAA